AUGGGGAGAGAAUUGAGAACUACGUUAGAUAUAAGAAAAACGAAGGAGAAGCUAACCGAGAACAGUGGGUAUAGGGAGCGGAUGAUUGCCGACUACAAUAAGAGGGGGAGAAAGGAGAGAACUUUUGUAGUCGGUCAACAAGUGUAUAUCCGAAAUUACCAGAGAGGAGACAAGUGGAUUCCAGGAAUUGUCACCCAGGUUCUAGGUGGGCGGAUGUAUGAGAUUCAUUUCGGAUCAGGUAGUCGGAAAGCCCACGCAGACCAAAUGAAAGGGAGACCCGUGCCAGAUCCAGAAUUAUUGAGACUGGUCCAAAAAAGAGGGCCAGAAGCGGAGCAGGAACAGGAGCUACCGCAGAGGAGAUCGGAACGGUCACGUAAAUUAACAGAUAGAAUGAGGAAUUAUGUGGAAAAUAGGGAAAGAUUGAGUAAAAACAAAUAUAGGGUAAAUUUGAUACGGGGGAUAAGCCGUGUGUAUGAUAAUGAAGAGGAUGCUGAUAUAAAAGGUGAGGGAACGGUGAGGUCGGCAUUGAUGUGGACAUACACGCCAACUCCAGGCCAACCUGCCGUACCUGCGCCGCCGCCACCUCCGCCACCCGUCGUAGCUUCGACGCCCGCUAGUGGCGGCUCCCCGAUUGUCAUCCAGCUCCCUCCUGUCGUCGCGGCGGUAAGUGAAGUUAACUUCGGAGUGGAGUUACAAGGUAGUGGAAAAGGAAAUAUUCAGCAACCAGUUCAACCGCAUGCCGGAAGUGCGGAAACGAGCCGUGGGGAACGCCCCGACGGAUUCCGAGGCCGGGGUUUAUACCGUGGUCGCGGAAGUCGUCGGGGGAGGCGCGGUCGCCGCCCCACCCUACGUCAAGAACUAGAGAAUAUGCGCAUUUUAUGCGCACAAUUGACAGCACAAAUUCAAGAGAUUGGGAGUUCUCGUAGAAGCGGGAACGAUGUAGAGCAGUGA